CCGGCGGCGCCACCGCCUUCGCCAUGACCAAGAAAACACUAGAAAUUUACUCCGUGGAGCUCAGUGGAACCAAAGACAUCCAACAAACAGACGAGAGGAAUGGCAAGGAGAAGUAUAGAGGCUUGAAGAACUGCUUCGAACCCAGAAAGAAUCACCAUAAGGAGGAGCUUAGGAAAGAACUGGAUUUGGAUGACCACAAACUCAGCAUUAAGGAACUGGAAAAGAAAUAUGGUACAAACAUCAUUACAGGUCUCUCCAGCACCCAGGCUGCUGAGCUCCUGGCUCGGAAUGGACCCAAUGCCCUCACUCCUCCCAAGGAAACACCAGAGAUCAUCAAGUUCCUUAAGCAGAUGGUGGGGGGGUUCUCCAUCCUUCUGUGGAUAGGAGCCAUCCUGUGCUGGAUUGCUUAUGGGAUCCAGUAUUCCAUGAAUACAUCCUCAUCCCUGGACAAUGUUUACUUGGGCUGCGUGCUUGCCUUGGUCGUUAUUUUAACAGGGAUCUUCGCUUACUACCAAGAGGCAAAAAGCACAAACAUCAUGGCCACCUUCAAUAAGAUGAUCCCCCAGCAAGCUCUUGUCAUUCGAGACUCAGAGAAGAAGACAAUCCCGGCAGAGCAGCUAGUGGUGGGGGACAUAGUGGAGAUUAGAGGAGGAGACCGGAUCCCUGCAGACGUCAGGUUGUUGUCUGUUCAGGGCUGUAAGGUAGAUAACUCAUCUCUCACUGGAGAAUCUGAACCCCAGCCCCGUUCCUCUGAGUUUACCCACGAUAGUCCCCUGGAAACAAAGAACAUUGGUUUCUAUUCUACAACCUGUCUGGAAGGCACAGCGACUGGCAUGGUCAUCAACACGGGUGACCGCACCAUCAUUGGUCAGAUCGCCUCACUGGCUUCAGGAGUUGGAAAUGAGAAGACACCCAUUGCCAUUGAGAUCCAGCACUUUGUUCAUAUUGUGGCAGGAGUGGCCGUCUCCAUUGGCAUCCUUUUCUUCAUCAUCGCAGUGUCCCUGAAGUAUCAGGUCCUGGACUCCAUCAUCUUCCUCAUUGGCAUCAUUGUGGCCAAUGUGCCCGAGGGUCUCCUGGCCACUGUCACUGUGACUCUGUCGCUGACAGCUAAACGGAUGGCCAAGAAGAACUGCCUGGUGAAGAACCUGGAAGCAGUGGAGACCCUUGGCUCCACCUCUAUCAUUUGCUCAGACAAGACUGGGACUCUGACCCAGAACAGGAUGACCGUGGCCCAUCUGUGGUUUGACAAUCAGAUCUUCAUAGCUGACACCAGUGAAGACCAUUCAAACCAAGUCUUUGAUCAAAGCUCUGGAACCUGGGCCUCCUUAUCAAAGAUAAUAACAUUGUGUAAUAGAGCUGAGUUCAGUCCAGGACAAGAAAGUGUCCCCAUCAUGAAGAGAGUUGUGGUUGGAGAUGCCUCCGAAACUGCUCUUUUGAAGUUCUCAGAGGUCAUUUUAGGUGAUGUGAUGGAAAUUAGAAAAAGAAACCACAAAGUAGCUGAAAUCCCUUUUAACUCAACCAACAAAUUUCAGCUCUCCAUACACAAAACCGAUGACCCCAAUGACCAGCGCUUCCUCCUGGUGAUGAAAGGGGCUCCUGAGAGGAUCUUAGAGAAGUGCAGCACCAUCAUGGUCAAUGGCCAGGAGCAGCCUCUGGACAAGAACACAGCCGAGGCCUUCCACACAGCGUACAUGGAGUUGGGAGGCCUGGGGGAGCGUGUGUUGGGUUUCUGUCAUCUCUACCUGCCAGCAGACGAGUUUCCAGAAACUUACACAUUUGAUGUAGACGCCAUGAAUUUUCCCACAUCCAACCUCUGUUUUGUGGGGCUGUUAUCAAUGAUUGAUCCCCCUCGGUCCACUGUACCUGAUGCAGUCACCAAAUGUCGAAGCGCGGGGAUCAAGGUUAUUAUGGUUACAGGUGAUCAUCCAAUAACAGCAAAAGCUAUUGCCAAGAGUGUGGGUAUCAUUUCAGCCAACAGUGAAACAGUGGAAGACAUUGCAAAACGCCUCCACAUUGCUGUGGAGCAAGUUAACAAGCGGGACGCUAAAGCUGCAGUGGUGACUGGCAUGGAGCUGAAGGACAUGAGCCCAGAACAGCUGGAUGAGCUCUUAACCAACUACUCAGAGAUCGUCUUUGCCCGGACGUCCCCCCAGCAGAAGCUGAUCAUUGUGGAGGGCUGUCAAAGGCAGAAUGCAGUUGUUGCUGUGACAGGAGAUGGCGUUAAUGACUCUCCAGCUCUAAAGAAGGCAGAUAUUGGGAUUGCCAUGGGGAUAGCAGGUUCUGAUGCAGCCAAAAAUGCAGCUGACAUGAUCUUGUUGGAUGACAACUUUGCAUCCAUAGUCACAGGGGUGGAGGAAGGUCGCCUGAUCUUUGACAACUUAAAGAAGACUAUCGCUUACACCCUGACCAAGAACAUUGCUGAGCUGUGUCCCUUUCUGAUCUACAUCAUUGUUGGGCUUCCCCUGCCGAUUGGCACCAUUACUAUCUUGUUCAUCGACUUGGGCACAGACAUAAUCCCCUCCAUUGCCUUGGCUUAUGAGAAAGCUGAAAGUGACAUUAUGAACAGGAAUCCUCGCCACAAGAAGAAGGACAGACUGGUGAAUCAGCAACUUGCCAUAUACUCUUACCUGCACAUUGGCCUCAUGCAAGCUGUGGGAGCUUUUGUUGUAUAUUUCACUGUGUAUGCACAGGAGGGCUUUAAACCCAGCAUUCUCAUUAACAUCCGGGUGGAAUGGGAAGAUAGCAAUGUGAAUGACUUGGAAGACAGCUAUGGACAACAGUGGACAUGGUACCAAAGGAAAUACUUAGAAUGGAUGGGCUAUACGGCUUUCUUUGUUGGCAUCAUGGUCCAACAAAUAGCAGAUCUAAUCAUCAGGAAAACCAGGAGGAACUCCAUCUUCCAGCAGGGUCUCUUCAGAAAUAAAGUCAUCUGGGUGGGGAUUGCCUCACAGAUUAUCAUUGCAUUAAUCCUCUCCUACGGGCUUGGAAGUGUCACGGCCCUGAGUUUCACGAUGCUCCGGCCUCAGUAUUGGUUUGUGGCUGUGCCAUUUGCCAUUCUGAUUUGGGUGUAUGAUGAGGUGCGAAAACUUUUCAUCAGACUCUACCCUGGAAGCUGGUGGGAUAAGAACAUGUAUUAUUAAGACCACCCUAUUUCCCAAGCCUCCCAGUGUUCUUCAUCUUCUGGCUGCAUCUGGAAGACCACUGCAGUAGCAACUUAUCAAAAUGCAGAAAGAGAAGGCAAAAAAUCGUAUGAAAGAUACUUACUGAGGUUUUGUACUUUCGGAGAUUCAGCUGUUUAUAUAUGAUUUGCCUCUCUAUACCCAUCUUCCUGUUCAAAAAUAGGUGAACUUCAAGGGAAGAAUGCCAUGUUGAUAUGUAUAUAAAGUUCACUCACAUUAAGUAGUCUUGGGUAAUCCAGUCACCUGUUCAGAUAUUCCUGCUAGAUAAGAUUGCUCAAACCUCCAUUCCAUACCCAACUAAAAGUCCAGUGACCUCCCUAGAUACUCUGAAUGGGACUUCAUCAAGAUCAAAACCUUUUGCACAGCAAAGGAAACAGUUAAAUCCCAGAGAGUUUUUAAUUUCAUAGUCACCUUGCUUAAAAAAAAGGUUAAUUAGCUAAAGGUUUGCAAAAGGUGGAAAUGAUGGCAGAUUUACAUCACAGCAACAUGGGCAACCUCAGUUUUGACUCUCAGACAUCCUUCUUAACUGUCCCCAGUCACCCAGCUGCAUCCCUGCUUAUCCCACACCAUCUCACCAGUCCUUUGGGGCCCUCCCUCCUCCCAGCUGGAAUCUUCCCUCCCACAUCGCCCUCCACCUCUGCCACCAACUCCAAAACUGAGCUCCAUGUCCAUUUUGCACAUCCCAGCUCCAGAUGCUCUCCCAACCCAAAGAGGUUUUCAUUUACCAUGAUUCAGCCUCAAUAGGGAAGCACUGGGGUUUAAAAUAGUAGUAUUUAUUUCAUGUAAAACGGUUGCAAAGCACUCUCUGGCACUAAUUUUAUACCAGUUAAGUUUCAUGCUUUAACUUUGCUUUAUUCAUGUGUGACACAUACAUCUAUGUUGACAGCCCCCAGGAGGCCUCAUUUUUAAGUAAAAGAUGUUUUAUAAAA